AGAAAAUCAGGCAAGGCUUUAUUGGGCCCGGCUGCAGCAGGAGGGAGUGAAACCAAGAAACAGACCCCUGAGCUGAGACACACAGGAGAAAAGUAUGGCCAGCCUGCGGACCCCACUCCUGGCUGCCCUCAUCCUGCUUGCUAUGAUACUUCAAGCAACAGAGGCAGGUCCCUACGGUGCCAACGUGGAGGACAGCGUCUGCUGCCGGGACUACAUCCGUCACCCUCUGCCCCUGCGUUUGGUGAAAUAUUACUACUGGACUUCGGACUCCUGCCGGAGGCCUGGCGUGGUGUUGCUAACUGUGAAGGAUCGAGAGAUCUGUGCUGACCCCAGACUGCCCUGGGUGAAGAAAGUUCUCCAGAGGCUGGACCAAUGAGGCAGGGCAGGGCCUGUCCUGCCCUGAUGCCCGUGGCCUUGGCUCCUCCAGGAAGGCUCACGGAGCCUCACCUCCCUGCUGCUACAGCCGCUUCCUGACACAAGCCUGUGCCAACAACUCUCUCAGCAGUCUCUGAUCUCCAUCUGUGCAGCUGUCACCCUCAGUCAAGCCUCCAACUGUCAUUCUCAUCCCUCCCUCCUACCCUUCCAACCCAUCCCCUGCCCUACCAAAGCCAGGGGGUCCACAGUCCUGGUCAGUCACUCCUCUGCUCAAAAUCCUUGCAUGGCUCCCUAUUGCCCUAGGCUGAGGUCAGAGCUCCUGAGCCUGGCACCCCUGCCCUUAUCCUUUGUCUCCAGCUCUUUUCCUGGGCUGCUCCUGACACCUGGAAUGUCUCCUCAUCAGCAGUACAUGUCCAACCCCACCAGCUCUCCAGGGCAUCACUCAACCUAAGCAGCUAGUAAUUGAGAUUCAUUUUUUUGACUUCCCUCGGCCCUCUGCUCCCUUUUAACAGUCCUGAUCACAGUCUGCCCAGAACUCUAGGGACUUGGGAGCUUGUCCUCCUGCCCCACCAGCUGGACCAAUAUCCACACCUGAGUUACUUUCAUCUCCCAGCCUCCAGCACAGAGCACAGGGCCUGGCUCAGAAUCAGGGCUCAAUAAGAGGCUGCAGACUGAAUCAAUAAAAGUAAUGUCUCUCUCCCACCUCCCAAAGGCUCUCAUACAUCAAUGUAGAGACUCAAGGUUAUCUAGAGAAGGGCUGGCAGGGUCCAUUAUGAAGCCCCAAAUUUGCCCAGAUUCACCUUUCUUCCUCAUUUUACUUCUUUAACCUUUUUGCUUCCCUUGGGUUUUUUACUGUUCCCACAACCUCCAACAUCCAGGCCUGACCUCUUCAGAGUCCCCCAAUUCCUCUUCUUCCUUUCCUAAAUAGCUGAUCAAAUUCAUGCUAUGGUGUGAAUGACUACCCUUGGCUUGGUGUUACAAGCUGUAGUUAUAUUUGUAUAAGAAAAGAGAGCAAAUGCUUAAAAGGCCAAAUGGAUGACUAGAAGAAUUUUAGGAAAUGUGUGGGAGAGGGACAAGGGGGCGCUUUCCUGUUCCUUGGAGUGAAUGUGUGGGGUGUAGUUAAGUGAAAGAACCUUGGAUGGAGGUUGUUCUCGGGUGGCUGGGGCCAGGCUAAGGACUGGGAUUUAGCACUUAUCUGCACCUCCUUAGGGACGGCAGUUUCCCCGGGUAUCUGUGCUUGUUCCUUUCUGAGGGGUCCUGGUACAGUAUGGCAGGGUGGUUGUUGCUGAGUGACCCUGAGGAGACCAUCUAACCUCUCUAAGCCUCACCUGAGAAUGAAAAUACCUACCUUAGGGGAUUGAUGUGGGGCUCAGGUCCAAGCCACAGAGGAUGCGGCUUUGCCGGCCAUAAAACUCAGUGUCUUCCAGGGCUUGUGUCUCCUCCUGGAGCCCAAGGUCACUUGCCCACUACCGGCACCGGAAGUGUUCACCUGCCCACUGCCCACGCACAGGGCCUUCAAGUGUUCUGGGAUCCACCUGCACUCCUGUCCUGCCCUCACCCUUGCCCAUCCAGAUGUCUGGAAAAUAAAUCCUC